AUGUUUAACAGGACGCAUAUAAAGAUAGACGAGAAUUUAGGCUCGCUAAUUCUGGAAAGUUUCAAAAUUGUGGACCAAAAUGGUGAUGGCAUGAUUGAUCGUGCACAGUUUAAAUUGUUAUGGAGGUCAUUGGGUCAAGUUAUAUCGGAUAAGAAUCUUAACACUCUUGCGGAAGAAUCAUUCAAAAAAUUGGAAAACGAGCAAGAAAUGGAUAUCUCCACAUUUAUCGAAAUCUUUUCACUAAAAUAUAUACAUCCUCCUAGUACUAAAUCAAUUUACGAUGCAUUCAAUAUACUCGGUAUAAAUACAGUCAACGAUUUGAGGAAAAUUUUAUCAAAAGGGGAUGACAAGCUUAGCGAUGAACAAAUUAAUCGCUUCAUGGAAAUAGGGAAUUUGAGAGACAGCAACGCUUACUUGGACUACAACGACCUAGUGAACUUGUUCACGAACAAAAACCCAGACAAGUCGCUCAAAGUAUACUUUUAA